UGACUUUCAAACAGAGCCUCGAACUCCAGUCUACGAGAGAAUUAAGAGCUGGAAAUUACGAACAGAGCUACCCUUGCACACCAACACCCAAAAUGGCUACUGCAAAACAUCCACUUCUUCUCGCUGCGACUGUAGCUCACGGUGUCCUUUCGCUCGGACACACGACCAAAGGUCUUGAGCAAUUCAAGCACGCUUCCAUCAGCGCUCUGCCCACUGCCUUGCGGGGCGCUGUGAAAGCAGGUUGGUACGAAGGCAGUGGAUUCUUUCUCAUAAUGGCGAUCUUGAACUACAAGUGGGCGCAGACAGGACUGCUUGAUGUUUACGACAAGAGCGUUGCGGGUUUGCUUGUAGCGAUCCUGGCUAGUGCUGCGGGAAGCUAUUUCCAGAGCGGUGAUAAACCGACGGCGACUACGUUGGCGGUCGUUGCUGUAUUGCAGGGGUUGGGAGCCAAGCGUGCGAGCUUGUGAGUGACGAAGAGCGGGAAACAGUCGAACGUGAAUUGGAUCGGUAAUCCUGAAUGCCUAAGAUAGUGUUUUAAGCAAAGCUGAAUCAUAGUGCCAAUCAGCUUAAUUGUGAGAACUCUCUUGCCUUGCUCACAACCUCAUCUUUCAGCUCGCAAAAGCACCAAUAGCAGCCUCGUCCGUCUUCUUAUCGCCAGGUACAAGCUGCACACCUUCCUCCUGCACAUCAGCACCCCCAUUCUUCUUACUUUUAUCCCCACUCUCGCCCUUGAUAGCAUCCCUCACAAGCAUCAACCCCUCAACCGCAAACCUGACCAUAUUGCUCUCCCUCUCUUUACUCCCCGUCUCGACCUCCCGAGUAACCGUCCCCUUCUCACUACUCACAGCCAGCGCAACAUAUCCAGGAGUGCGAUUCCUCGUGUUACCGCCAGUGGGACCCGCAGUCCCAGAUUCACUGACCGUGUACGUGCUGCCGAGCGCUUUACGGGU